GUCCAUAGUUUGCAAAAAGUGCGAAUGUUUGAAUUCAUUUGUUGGUGAUAGUUAGUCUAUAAAAGACGUGUUUCAUGUUGUGCUGAAUUUUAUAAAGGAAACAGGAUGACAGGAGCUGAAGUGAAGCAGAGGAUGGUUAAUGGCAGCAAGGGAGAGAAGAAAAAAGAAGUAAAAGAAGAAAAGAAACAGAAGUACUGGGAGCCUUUAACAGAUGGAGUUAAAUGGAUUGAGAAGUAUGGUGAAAAUCUGGAGAACUUCUUUGAAAGACUGCCAGAAUUCAUCUCGACAUUCAUCGCAACGUUAGCUAUAUUCACGUUCGGAGCCACGCUGAGAGGAGAAUGGGUGGUGAUCCUGGUGACAGCGCUGAAGCAGCUAACUGGUCAGACACAGAACAAUACAAAUGCUACAGCCAUCCUGGAGCUGUUCUCCUCGAGAAACCUGAAGAUGGAGAACUUCACCAUAUUCUUCAUUGGAGCCCACAUCGUGUCGUUGACUACUUACUUCUUCAUUGGAGGUUUCUUGCACUGGUACUUCUACAUGAAUAGAAGACACCGUGCCAAGGAAUGGAAGAUCCAACCGGACAAGUGGCUCUCCCCUGAGCUUGAACGUCACGAGAUCAUGGUUGGCACCAUAUCACUCCUCAUCGUCGGUAGUUUCUCUGCAUUCCUUGCCUGUUACAUCUACAACGGCAACCCUUCUUCGGUCUACUUCCAGUUCGAUGAGUACGGGUGGUUGUGGUUCUUCUUGCAGUUCCCUGUUAUCUUCUUGUAUUCUGACUACACGACGUACAUUCUCCAUCGUCUGUACCAUACUCCGUGGCUGUACAAGCAUUUCCACAAGCUUCACCACAAGUACAAGCAGCCCACUGCUUUCUCUGUAACUGCCAUCCAUCCCGUCGAGAUCCUGCACGUUCAGCUCACCAGCUGCCUGCCAUUAUUUGCCAUCCCUGUACACUGGCUGUCAUUCUAUUCGGUGGCUAUCUACGUGUAUUAUCACGGCAUCAUCGACCACUCUGGUAUCAACUUCAAGGCUCAGUGGUGGCAACCGUGGCAACCUGACGCUGAGUUCCACGACCAGCACCACGAGUUCUUCCAUUGCAACUUCGGGUUCAACAUGUCUUUGUGGGAUAGGUUGCACGGUACCAUGAGGAGGCAGAACCGUGCGUACACUGAAGAUACGUACCACGGUGAGGCUCCAACUAUCGACAGUCCCGAAGGUAAAGCCAUCUUGGCAACAAACCCUGACCUUAUCGACAGCAAGGUCCUACUUGAGGAGAUCCCUGAAGUAAUUCAGAAUAUCAAGACAUCUAAGACUGAAGUUGAUACUAAUAAGACUAAGUAAAGUGUAGAUGUAGGAAACACGUCCUUUAUUGAUAAUUGUCAUCCUAUACGAUGUAAUUCUUAUCAGGCUUUAAAUUAUCUUGUUCGCCAAAGUUCUGUCCUAACAGCUAGUCGUUUAAAAAGAACUGCUAGAGGUUUUGAAUUCAGAACGGUGAUAGAGGUGUAUUGGAUCAUGGUUAGAUACAAUUUGUAUCAUAAGUUUGUUUAAGUAUUUCUUCUACUGCUUUAAUGUCUGGAGCAUUUAGAUUCUAAAUCUAAUGAUUUUCAAUGUUGCCAGGAACUGCCGAUUCAUUUUUGCUUUUUUCAAACUAAUCUGUUAAAAGAAUAGCAUCAAUGAAAUUAGUUUCUUGGCCUGCAUUGUGAUAAAUGUUGAUAUUUAUUAUUUUAAGACUUUUGUUGUUAAUGGAAAAAUGCAUAGAUUGUACCAUUUUUAUUUAAUAAAAUGAUAAUAAAAUGAUA